CUGCUUCUCCUUUCCUGGUCUGACAAUAGUUUCGAGUUGCCGCGCAUCAUUGACCUUGUAAGUAGAGAUGGCUGGUGGCAGAACAGAGUUGCUGACGGACUAGCGAACAGCGUUAGUGGAGCACUGGCUACCGCUGUUGCUGUUGGGUACGAUCUGUUGGUCUGAAAUCUGGUCGAGUGUGUAUGUGUGUGUUGUUUUUGUAUUGUGUUCCACGAUGGAAUUCGGACGUUUCGCUCUGGCUAUGGUGGGUCAUUUCAUAGCCUCCCUUCUCUAUGUGCUACAGAAGUUACACAUUGUCAACGCUGUCGUCGAUACAUCAUCCAUUUUGGAGCAUAGAGAGGAGUUGAGAGAACUGUGGGAAAAACGUAUGAUGGCCGACGAAAACCAGUCUUCUUCUUCUUCCACUGUGGCUGAGACAACUACUAAGCCCGUACAGGAAGAUGACAAUGAAGAAAAGGUUGCCAAAAGCAAGAGCGAAAGUGAUACCAAUCUUCAGCCUAAAAUGGCGAAUGGCGUUGCGAAACCUAUAGAAGAUAGUAAAGUUGAAGAAAAUGACAGUGCUAACAUUAUUCAUGACGAAGAGAUUGUUAAGUCAUCGGAAGCUGCGCCCGUUGCGCCUAGCGCGGAAGUGGAUCACGAAAACAACAAUAGCGCAGAUUCCUUAGAAGAAGAUAAUAAUAAUGACGAUUUUGUCGAAGAAAAGACAUAUACUUCGAAAUUGGAAACAUCAUUGGUGACUAAACAAGUGACACAAGUUAGCACUGAAACAGUUGUUCAUUCUACAACAGUUGAGGAACAACAUAUUUCUGAAACAGUUCAGGAAUCAGUUCAAGCGGAGGCCUGUUCUUACCAAACUGUCACUUCUGCAGUCACCUCUACUACUUUUGAAAAAUGUGAUAGUCGAGAGGCAGAAAUUAAUUCCAGUGAACCAGAAAGUCUUUCGGCUCCAUCUGAAGAGGUCGUAUCUUCAACCCAAGAAGUUAUAACUGAGAGAGAAGUUAAUUCUGAAACAUCCGAAGAAAUAGUUGUUCAUGAAGAAACUAUUACUUCUACCUCUGAAGAAGUAAUCCACCAGCAAGAAGUAGUGGAAACUGUCACCUAUGAACCUAUUAAGAGCCAGAAACCAGAACCAGAAAAACUUACUGCUGAGGAUGAGGACGAUGGUUUCGUAAGAGUUGAAGAAUGUUUACCACAGCCAGAUAGUACUGAAGACGUACAAGACCUUCCUUCGGAGAUUGUAGGACAAGAUACUGAUGAGCAAGAAAUUACUACCACAAAUGGAUAUGAUGAACAUUCUCGUCCGUCAACCACUUCUCCAGAUCUCAGUAUUUCUGAAGAUAAGCCAAGCCAUCCAGAGAUGGAGCAGUUUGUGAAAUCUGGUGGUUUGAAAAGGAUUUUGCCUGGAGUCCAAAAGACCGAACAACCCUACAAUACUUGCACCACGGAGACCAAGAUUGCCAUGGAAAUUCGCGAGAUGAGAGAACGUGAGGAAGAACUCCGCUUGAUGAGGGAACAAGCUCUUCUCUCUCCUGUCGUGUCUCCUGUACCCCCAAAGAGCCCCAACGCUCGCAGCCCCUCACCAUCGCAAAAAGAAGUGCACAGUCCAACGCCUUCUAGUGUCGGUUACAGAGUGAGUAGCGUCUUCGGACACAAAGGCACCACAUCUCCUUCUCCACCUGUUGACGAGGAAAAGAAACCCUUCAAAGGAUUCAGCAAAGAAUCUGCGGUGGAAAAAGAGAUCCGAAUUGCAAGAGAUAGAGAAGAGGAAUUAAGAAGACAGAAAGGCUUACCACCAAGAGAGGAUGACAGCUAUGUAAAACCAAGUCAAGUCAAAAACUCCCAGGUUCGAGUUUUUGGCAAGAUGGCUGGCACAAGUAACACUUCUGUGAAACAGGCAGCUACUGCCAAAAUCCAAAUGGAGAUAGAAGAGCAGACUCAAAGAGAGAUGGCACUUCGUGAAACUGGACAUAUCCAGACAAUUUCCCAAGAGCGCACUGACGCCAAAGUUGCCAAGAUGAAGACACCCGACUGCACUUCCCCAGUCACUAAUGGCAACUCUCAUCCUUUGACUAAUGGAAACUACACCAAUGGCCGUUCCUCUCCUGAUAAGCGUUCCACUCCUUCACCUACCGGCGCCAAACCGGCUACCAUUUUCUCUCAAAACAAUGGCGUGCCCAAAGGCAACAUCAGCAUGCAUAAAUUCAUAGCUAGCAAAGGAAAAGAGACCACCUUCACAGCCUCUCGAAACGGUGGUGUUUUCCAGCCAAAGGAAGAGGUUGUCACCAAGGCAGCUGUUCCCCCUCCUAUGAUCAAGUUGAAAAGAAAUCUAUCUGUGGAAUCGAAGAUUCAGCAAGAGAUUAUGGAAAUGAAACAGAGAGAAGAAGAACUCAAGAAACUGCAUAUGAAUAGAAACAAUGAAAAUUCCACCGUGGACGGAAAAGACAUAGAGAAUGAAAUGAAUCAGAAAAAUAAUUUAGUAGAAUAUGAAAAUGGAAAUGGAUUGAAUGAAGAGGAAAUAAGUCCUCGUCACAACAAGCUUAUUGCACAAUGGGAGCAAAGGAUUCAAAAGGCAGAAAGUUGAGCUAGAUAUUUUAACAAGGAUAUAAAAAGAAUCUUUUUUGUUGUGUAGUCUCCAGCAAUUCCGGUGCCUGUUUGGAAAGAAUUGCGCAUUUUGGAUGACUUAUAUGUGCCUUAAAUAUCAAGGAACUUUUAAAAUUUCUGUGGUUACUUUUAUACUGCAGCUUUUAUUAUCUUAUAGCAUUCUUUUAUAAUUACUACAACAAUGGAUCUUGUAUACUUCUUAUAUAAGCAGAGCUAUCUAUGAUAUGUAGAACAAAAAUAUGCCUUAAACUAGAUAAAUUCACCAUAAUUCAGGUAAUUAUGUGAAAUUUAUGUAAAAAAAAAAAAGAAUUCUAUAUUGUACCACAAUGGUGACAAUUAAUUGUACAUAUCAGAUAAAAUAAAUAUUACUUCCCAUCA